CUAUGAACAUUCUAACUCAGUGUUCUGUAUUUUCUUGUAGCACUUUUUCUUUUUCACAUAUUUUUCUCUAACAAACAUUUUUAUUUUGAUGGUGUCAUACUGUUCUAUUAUUGGGAGGAGUUGUAUCAUUUCUAGCUAGUUACAUGUUGGAUUUUCAGUUCCCCUGGCUCUUUGCUGGGAACAACAGUGUGAUAAUGAAUGGUGCACAGGACCAUAUUAGUGUACUUUCUAGGUGAUCAGUAGGGUUCGGGUGAUGCUGGCAAAGUGAUCUCUCCAGAAUGGUUGAAACAACUCAUUUUUACCAAUCAUGUGAGUACAUUUUAAAUAGAUUUUAAUCCCCAAUGUAGAAUUUUUGUUGUCUACUCCCAGACUGAACAUUUUCUGAAAAUAGCUUCUGUAUAAAUGUUUGCCUUGGGUUUUGUUUUUCUAGUUGACUGUGUAACUAAUGGUGGAUAUUGCAGGUUUCCUGGAGAGUAUUGUUAGGUGGAGGUAACAGUAUGGCAUGACAGACAUCGGUUUGCGUUGUUGCAUUAAAUGUGCUCUGAACUGAUAAGACUGUUUCAGAAGGAAAGAGAAAGUAAGGAGGAAGAAAGAAGUGAGGAGAGGGGGAAAUUACCUGAUUGCUUCUCUAGAAGGCACACAGGGAAUACUGAGGGGUCACGUCCCAGCCUUCAGGCUGCCCUCGCCAGCAGCACAGAGCUUAGUCUGUGGAUUCUGAGUCCUCGGCGUGAGUCCACAAGAUGUGGCAGCGGAGUAGGCGUUGGCAUCACCGCAGUCAUGAUUGUGGUCCUGUGACUGGGCGCUGGGAGCCGCGGGUGGCGUUAUGUAAAUCCAUCUGUUGAAUCCUCAAGUCCAGGAGGUUCAGCAGCAUCAGAUGACCAUGAAUUUGAUCCAUCAGCUGACAUGCUGGUUCAUGAUUUUGAUGAUGAACGAACAUUAGAAGAGGAAGAAAUGAUGGAAGGAGAAACAAACUUCAGUUCUGAAAUAGAGGAUCUUGCAAGGGAAGGCGACAUGCCAAUUCAUGAACUUCUCAGCCUCUAUGGUUACAAUAGCACUGUUCGACUACCCGAAGAAGAUGAGGAAGAGGAGGAGGAGGAGGAGGAAGGUGAAGAUGAUGAAGACGCUGAUAAUGACGACAACAGUGGCUGCAGCGGGGAAAAUAAAGAAGAAAAUAUAAAGGACUCAUCAGGUCAGGAGGAUGAAACUCAGUCUUCCAAUGAUGACCCGUCACAAUCUGUUGCUUCUCAAGACGCCCAGGAAACCAUCCGCCCACGUCGCUGUAAAUAUUUUGAUACAAAUAGUGAAAUAGAAGAAGAAUCUGAAGAAGAUGAAGAUUAUAUUCCAUCAGAAGACUGGAAAAAGGAGAUUAUGGUGGGCUCCAUGUUUCAAGCAGAGAUCCCAGUUGGAAUGUGUAGGUACAAAGAAAAUGAAAAAGUGUAUGAAAAUGAUGACCAGCUCCUGUGGGACCCUGAGUACUUACCAGAAGACAAAGUGAUCGUGUUUCUUAAGGAUGCAUCCAGAAGAACAGGUGACGAGAAAGGUGUAGAAGCAAUUCCUGAAGGGUCUCAUAUAAAAGACAAUGAACAGGCUUUAUAUGAAUUGGUUAAGUGCAAUUUUGAUACAGAAGAAGCAUUGAGGAGGUUACGAUUUAAUGUAAAAGCAGCUAGAGAGGAAUUGUCUGUUUGGACAGAGGAAGAAUGUAGAAAUUUUGAACAAGGGCUGAAGGCCUAUGGAAAAGAUUUUCAUUUGAUUCAGGCUAAUAAAGUCCGAACAAGAUCAGUUGGGGAAUGUGUAGCCUUCUAUUAUAUGUGGAAAAAAUCCGAACGCUAUGAUUUCUUUGCUCAGCAAACGCGAUUUGGAAAAAAGAAAUACAACCUUCAUCCUGGUGUAACGGAUUACAUGGAUCGUCUUCUGGACGAGAGUGAGAGCGCUGCUUCCAGCCGUGCCCCGUCCCCACCCCCAACUGCCUCCAACAGCAGCAACAGCCAGUCUGAGAAGGAGGAGAGCACCGCGGGCACCCAGAACGGGAUGUCAUCUAAUGGACCGGGAGAAAUGGCGAACAAAGAAGAAGGAAAAAGUGAAGGGUUCCAUGUUAAUGGGCCAACAGGUGGACAUAAGAGACCACUGCACACAGAGAUGGACACCAAUGGCUAUGACGCAGAUAACCUUACCACUGACCCAAAACUUGCUCAUAUGACUGCAAGAAACGAAAAUGAUUUUGAUGAAAAAAGUGAGAGACCUGCCAAAAAGCGAAGGGUAAACAGCAAUGGAAAGGAAAGUCCGGGUUCUUCUGAAUUCUUCCAAGAAGCAAUGUCUCACGGAAAAUUUGAAGAACUUGAAAACACAGAUGACUAAAACUUAGACCUAUUUUACUUUCUUUGAGUAAUUCUGGUGUCACUAAAAUUUUCAGGGUUGAUGGGUUACCUUAAGUUGAUUUCCUUGAAGCUGUUGGUUUAAACAUGAAAAUAUGUGGUAACUUUAAGAAAUAAGAUUUCAUAAUUCUGCCUUUUACAAGUUCUUUUACUUCAAAACUGGCAAUGAUCCUUUUACGGAUAUAAAAAAAAAAGUUCAGUAAAUUUGAACAAACUAAACGUAAAUCUCUAUCUUCUCAUCCUGAUGUUUUGUCAUAAAAUUUCACUACAGGGUAAUUUUUUUCCUUUCAUACAGAGGAAUGAAAAAAAAAGUUCAGAUUUCUGUUUACACUAGUUUUCUGAGUUUCUUGAAUUGUCUGUGUAAUAGGCAUUUUUUGCUCCAUCUAAAUUGAAUGUCUUUAUUAAGGAAACCCUUAUAAAUCCUGAAAGUUAUGCUAGCAUGAUUUUUUUAUAUAUAGAAAUUUUAAAAUAAACCAAGUCAGGUUUGUAUAUGUAAAAUUGUUGACAUCAAUGAUGUCUUUCCAUAUUCUUAUCUGGGCUAAAGAAAUACAUUCUGUAUUUUUCCAGAUUCUUUGUAGCCUUUGAAAGAUUUUUACAAGUACAUAUGUCUUGACUGAGCUGUCCUUUCUUAAUACAAAAAGCUUGUAUAAUUUUCUUAACUUGUACAGUUGGUAAACUUUUAUGAAAGGAUUGAUAUUCUGAGUCCGUUGGCUUUCAUUUUAUUUUGCUAAGGUUUUUCUAAUGAAUUUUUAAGUGUUUGUGUAGUUAACUAAGUCACAUUUCUUAUCUAGGUGGUAAAAAAAAAAUUCAUAAAGGAUUAUGAAAAUUUUUUUCAAAUUUCUACCUAAGAACACAUAGUUUGAAAAUUCUGAAAUUAAGCAUGAUCCUUAGAUUGUACUGUUUAUUUUGCAUUUUUAUUAUUUUCAAAAUUAUUUUUGAAGCAAAACAAAGGUUUAAUGUCAGCAUGAGUGCUCAGAGUGUCAUGCUGACUAGAACCCUGUCGGGUUAUUUUUGUAUGUAUCAUCCAACUUCAUCAGACCACAGAGGCAAAGAUCAAGUGAGGCUUAGAUCCUGGCGCGCGCAGGGAGUCGCUCUCGGCAGGCAGCUUGUCAAUUCUGAGAGAAGAAAGUGGCAGAGUUUGAAGUUUGCAAACUUUGCCAAUUACAGUUGUUCAGGUUGAUGUUUUUCCAAAAU